AUGUCAGGCAAGCGUCUGCUCGACGCCAUCCAAUUCCUCAAUGUCUCCAAGACGGUCGCAGCCAAACACCUAGCUAUCCGGCAACACCAGCUAGAUGUCUACACGCGCACAUCCUCCCUGACUAAGGGCAUCAAGGCCCAGACAGAGGGCCUGAUCCUGACCGCUCAAGCUGCAGCUGCAUUGGCACGCCGAUUCGACGAGCCCUCGCCACCUUCGCCGAGCCCGGCAGACUCCCCCGACAAGUCGGCGUUCGCCGAUAAGCCGACCGCCAGUACUGCAGCGUCACCUCCUCCCGAGCAAGCUCGCAAGCUGCAACGACAGGCCGAAUUGCAGAUUCCGGCUACAGCAGCGACGUACAGUGGCGAUGAAAUACCCAGUACCCUCAAUGUGAGCCCACAACAGGAUGUCUUCUAUGAGCCAUCGCUUCAAUCGGGGCCCGACCUCUCGGGCUUGCCCAGAGUGAAGGUCCCGAAGGUUGCGGGUGAUACCCAAGUCAGUGGUGAUGGUUUGAAUGCGGAUGUAUUCAGCUCGUCAGUUGCAGAUAAGCCUGCCCCAGUCGAGCAAGAGAUGUCUGAGGAGAUGCUCCAGGGACUCUUCCACAGCCCACGCGUGUCGCGCAUGAUCUCCGGGAAGCCGCCACCAAAGCGAGACUGGAAGCUAGCCGCGAAACCUCAGCAGCCGAGCGUGAAUAUUUCCAAGCCAAUCGCCCCGCAAGCCGCGAAAUCUGAGACCGAAGAGAUGGAGGAGCUGGCGGCCAGCGUCGCGGAAGACGUGGUGCCCAGUACACAGACCGUCGGCGAGGUUAAGAAGGAGCAAGCGUAUCAGAUGCUGGAAUCGCGCGUGCCGUCCUCCCGAUUGGGCAGAAUGUGGCAAUACGGUGGUCUUGCGACCUCGAUGGCCUUUGGCGCUGUUGGGGAGGGUUUGCGUCGGGUCACGGGCAGCCAAGACAGUGGCUCGAUUAUGUUCAGUGCUGGUAACAUGGAACGAAUGGUAGCCAAGCUAUCGAAGAUGCGUGGUGCAGCUCUCAAGCUGGGACAGAUGCUGAGCAUCCAAGACUCCAACAUGCUCCCCGAGCCGAUCCAGCAGGUUCUUCAACGUGUGCAAGAUCGCGCAGACUACAUGCCCGCAUGGCAGCGCGACAAAGUCCUAACCGACAACCUUGGACCAAACUGGCGCGACCUCUUCACCACCUUCAAUGAGGUUCCAAUGGCAGCAGCCUCAAUCGGCCAAGUGCACUCAGCAGUCCUCAAAAGCACCGGCAAGCCCGUCGCCGUGAAAGUGCAAUACCCAGGCGUCGCCGACUCAAUCGACAGCGACCUCAACAACCUCUCCAUUCUCCUAACCGCCUCCCGCCUCCUACCAAAGGGUCUCUACCUCGACAAAACAAUCGCGAACGCACGCACCGAACUGGCCUGGGAAUGCGACUACAUCCGCGAAGCCGAGGGCGCCAACCGCUUCCGCGAACUCCUCACCAACGACCCGGUCUUCGUCGUGCCCGAGAUAAUCGCCCACGCCUCCGGCAAACAAGUCCUAACGAUGGAAAUGCUCAACGGCGUCGCCGUAACCAAAGUCACAGACUUCACUCAAGCGCAACGCGACUGGAUCGGCACGCAAAUCAUGCGUCUCUGCCUCCGCGAGAUCGCCGAAUUCCACUACAUGCAAACCGACCCGAACUGGACCAACUUCCUCUACAACGCAUCCACCAACAAACUCGAACUCCUCGACUUCGGCGCCUCACGCGCCUACCCAGAAGAAUUCAUCACAACCUACGUGCGCACCCUAAUCGCCGCAUCCCGCAACGACCGCAAAACCUGCCAGGACCUCUCCAUCGAGCUGGGCUACCUGACAGGCAUGGAGUCGCAGGCGAUGGUAGAGGCACACGUGAACUCGAUCACGACGAUCGCCGAGCCGUUCAUGGAGUCGUCGCCUGAUCUGUACGAUUUCAGUAACCAGACGAUCACGGACCGGGUGCGGGCGCUGAUUCCGAUUAUGAUUCGGGAGCGGUUGGCGCCGCCGCCGGAGGAGACGUACUCGUUGCAUCGCAAGUUGAGUGGGGCUUUCUUGCUCUGUGCUAGACUAGGUAGUUCGGUGCCUUGUAAGGCUUUGUUUGUGGAGGCUAUUGAGAAGGCGAAGGCGAAUGGAUUGCGGGUUGACUAG